AUGUCUUCGCGCUUUCCAUCAGAUCAUGAACCCGACCAGCAGACGAACAAGGACUUGACGUCCGCCGCAGCUGCUCGCUUCGAUGCCCAGGAGAUCAUAGGCAUCUCCGAGGAUGACCUGGUCGACUACGACACGGCGGAGGAAUUUCUGCUGCACUUUUCACGCACCGGCAAGUUGCCCUUUGUCGCCAAGUUGCUCAGUCUUCGCGAGGCCAAGGAGAUUCCGCUGAACAUUGACUGCAAAGGCGAAAGUAAGGCCAACUUUGGCUGGACGCCGCUGCACCUUGCCGCCUACUUCGGCCACAAAGACGUCGCUCACCUACUGCUCAACCACAGCGCCGAUCUGGACAUUCAAAAUGAGGAGGGCGACACGCCGCUGCACAAGGCCGCCUACACCGGGCGCGAUGAGAUCGUCGUCCUCCUCGUCGGCCACAACGCCAACGUUUUCCUCGUCAACGGCGACGGCCUGCGGCCCUUUGAGGUGGCCAAGUCGGAGGCGAUUCGCCAGAUACUGCUCACCGCGGAGAAGGCGGACAUCAAGCGGCGGGAGGGCCGCUUUCUGAGCGCCGCCCGGGCCGGAGAUCUAAACACGCUGAAGAGGCUCCUCGAGGACGCCACCAGUCCGGUGGACAUCAACUGCGUCGACCAGAGCGGCAACUCGGCGCUGCACUGCGCCUCCUACCGCGGCAAGCACGAGGCGGUGGUCUUCCUCUUGAAGAACGGCAUCGACACGACGAUCAAGAACCGCCGCGACCAGCUGGCGGCCAAUGUCGCCUCGACGGUCUCCCUCAAGCAGCUGAUUCAGGAGGUGCACCUCUCGGUGAUGACGCCGGCGAUGAUCGCCUCGAUGAAGAGCAGGGCGGUGGCCCGGUUCGAGGGGCCGCUGCUGAAGAAGGGCCGCUUCUUCGGGUGGAAGCUGAUCUGGGCGGUGCUGGAGCGGGGCGUCUUCUCCUUCUUUUCGAACCGGGCGGACGCGACGACGGGUGUCAGGCGGAAGGGCUACCGCUACCUGGAGAGCGCCAUCACCGAGCGGGUCAGCUCGGGGCCCACCGCCGAAGGAGCGGCUUCAGAGAUGCAGAUGUUCAUGAUCAUCUUUGGCGACCGCUCGCGGGCGCUCUUCAGUCUGCCGAAGUCUGCUCAGACGGAGCUGGACUGUCAGAAAUGGCUCAAUGCCAUUCAGGAUCACAUCUACUUUGGCACCAACUUUAUGAAGCAGGCACGGCAGACGCUCAUUCGCCAGGAGCAGGAGAAGGUGCGCGUCCUGGAGGAGGCGCUGCAGGUGCUGGCACGCGAGCACCACGACCUGGAGCGCUCCAUCAUCGGCAACAGCAUCAGCAUGAAUGUAAAUAACAACAACCCCAACUGCGACAGUUUGUACUUCAACGGCUGUUCGGUGAUGCUGUCGCCCCAACAGGAGCAAAAUACGGCCCUGCCGCCGAUGCCGCCGAUGCCGCCGCUGUCCUUCUCGCGGUCGCGCUCCCUCGCCGGCCUCUCUGACACGACGGCCACCGACAUGGACGAGUACUUUGACGCCUUUGACGAUGAGGAGGAGAACGUCGUGGAUGCCAAUGUUUCAGAGCGAACUUUGGCAGGAGAGCGAGGAGGGGCAGCCAGUGCGAUCGAUGGCUAUCGCAGUCCAACAGCAGAUGCCGGCCAUCUGUCCCUCUCUCCGGAGCCGUCUGCAGAGCUUCCGGCCGCCUUGAAGCAGCACUCCAACACCGGCACCUUUCACACGGCCCGCGACCAGACGGCCACCGCCGCCACCGCCAACGACGUGACCAUCAACGACUCCAUCUCGACGCUCUCCUCCGACGAGGACGACCGUACGCUCGCCUCCAUUGAGAUGAACUUUUCCCG